AUGUCCUUAAAAAAGGAGUACGUGAUUGGAUGCGUCGGAAAGCCAUCUUCUGGCAAAUCAACCUUCUUUAACUCAGCUACUGAUAGCACUGCGAAGAUUGGCAACUAUCCAUUUACAACUAUUGAACCAAAUGUUGGUAUCACUUAUUACACUACUAAAUGUCCAUGUAAGACCUAUAAUGUAAAGUGUAAACCAAAUUAUGGGAUGUGUAAAGAUGGAAGGAGAUAUAUACCUAUAAAAAUACUGGAUAUAGCUGGACUAAUUCCAGGAGCUUAUCAAGGCAAUGGUUUAGGUAAUAAGUUUCUGGAUGAUCUACGUCAUGCAGAUGUGUUACUACAUAUUAUUGAUAUAAGUGGUACAACCAAUGAAAAGGGUGAAGAAACACUACAAUAUGAUCCAAUAAAGGAUCAUGAUUGGCUAUGUACGGAAUUAGAGAUGUGGAUAUUUAAUAAUAUCUAUACUUCCUGGUCAGCUAUUAUUAGAAAACAAAAGAUGGGGAAUAUAUCAAUAUUUAAAAUACUUCAAAGUCAAUUUUCUGGAUAUGGAUCAAAUGAAGCUAUAAUUACUAAGUUGUUAGAUCUAAUGAAACUGAGAGAUACAACAGAUCUCUCACUAUGGUGUAAGGAAGAUAUUAUUUUUCUUGUGAAGAUAUUUAUUCAAGUGAGAUUUCCUUUUGUAUUGGUUUUAAAUAAAGCUGACAAGGUAAAUAAAAAUACAAGCAAUAAUAUCAUUCGUAUUCACGAAAAAUAUGGGGAUUCUUGCAAAAUAGUUGUUGCUUCUUCAUUAGCAGAGUGCUUUCUGAAGAAGAUGGUAAAGCAGAGCUAUAUUCGUUACAUAGAAGAUGAUAAUGAUGAUUCGUUUAGCAAUAAAGUGACGUUUGUAACAUCAAAUGAUUCAGGUAAAUUAUAUAAUAAAGAUGACGAGAAACCACUGAAAGAGUUGGAUGAUAAAUUAAAGAACCGUCUUGAAAAUAUUAAAGAUAUGGUUCUAUUUAGAUAUGGUGUUACAGGUAUAAAGGAAGCCAUUAAUGCAGCUGUUGAAUUAUUAGAUAUUAUUCCCGUAUAUCCAGUAAGAAAUAUACGUUAUUUCACAACAAAUUCGAAUAUGAAAGGUGUACAAGCAAGUGGUUCAUAUGGGAAUAUAGUUGGUUCUUCAAAUAUAGCCCUUCAAGAUUGCUUACUUGUAAAGAAUGGAACGACAGUAAGACAACUUGCUAAAAUACUGGGGCAUGAUAUUGACAAGAAUUAUCUAUAUGCAGAGACUAUUGGUUGUGUUAAGGUUGCAGAUGACCAGCCUUUGUCAAACAACCUGAACAUUGUUAAAAUUAUAACCACCAAGCAAAUUAAUUCUGUUUAA